AUGGAGACCAUCAACCUAGUCAUCAUCGGCUCAGGCCUCUUCGGCCUCGCCAUGGCCAAAACCUACCACCAAUUCCACCCCACCCUUUCUCUCGCCAUCUUCGACAAAGCCGAAACCAUAGGCGGCGUCUGGGCCAAAGAACGACUCUAUGACGGCCUGCGCACCAACAACCUCAAGGGCACGUACGAAUACCUCGACUACCCCAUGACACCCGAAGUCUUCGGCGUCCAGCCGGGGGAGUACAUGACGGGGCCGGUGAUGCACAAGUACCUGACGAGCUACGCCGAGGCGUUUGGGAUCAAGGAUAAGAUCCGUCUUCGGCAUACGGUGCUAGAGGCUGAGCAUCAGGGUGGGGCAGAGGGAGGGUGGGUGUUGACCGUCGAGAGUCCUGGCGGAGAGAAGAAGAUGGUGUUUGCAAGGAAGAUGGUGCUGGCGACCGGGUUGACGUCUGAGUCGUUUUUGCCGGAGUUUAAGGGCCAGGAAGACUUUGGGGCUCCGCUGUUCCACAGCAAGGAGUUAAAGAAAUACGGCGGGACGCUGGAGAGCGCGAAGGUUGUUACGGUGCUUGGGGGGACUAAGUCGGCUUGGGAUGCGGUGUAUGCGUAUGCGUCGAAGGGGAUUAAGGUUAAUUGGGUAAUUCGAGAAAGCGGACAUGGACCGGCGUGGAUGACACCGUCGUUUGUAACGCCUUUUAAGUUAUGGUUGGAGGCGUUGGUUCACACUCGGAUCUUGACGUGGUUUUCGCCUUGCAUUUGGGGAGCAGCCGACGGAUACUCGCUAAUCCGGCGAUUCUGGCACGGAACAGCCAUCGGACGGGCAAUCACCAACGCUUUCUGGUGGGCUUUGGGCAACGACGUCAAGACGAUCAACAAGUACAGUUCACACCCGGAGAUCAAGAAGCUCGAGCCAUGGGCGCCAGCGAUGUUCGUUGCCUCCAGCUUUUCCAUCCUCAACUUCCCAACAGACUUCUUCGAUCCCAUUCGCAACGGCACCGUCAGUAUCCACAUUGCCGACAUCACGAGGUUGUCACCAAAAAUGGUGCAUCUGUCCAACGGAUCCAAGCUGGCGACCGAGGCCCUGUGUUGUGUCACGGGGUGGAAGCACGUACCGCCUGUGAAGUUUCUUCCAGAGGGCAUCGAGAAGGAGCUAGGGCUGCCUCAUUCCCCGGACGGUGACGCUGAGUCUCUUUUUACGGACGAGAUGGUGGCGCGAGCAGAUGAGGAGAUUCUUUCGAGGUUUCCGCGACUCAGGAGCCAACCGGUCAUCAACAAGAGGUACAAGCCCAUGACGGAGACAGAGGGUCUGUCGACAAGCUAUGAGACCAACCCCCAGGCCCGCCUAACGCCCUGGACUCUUUAUCGGUUCAUGGUACCGCCGUCGCCUCGGUUCCUGGUAACGCGUGAUAUCGCCUUCAUCGGUUACUUCUCAAGCUUUUCCUCUGGGCUCUCCAUGUAUCCCCAGGCACUCUGGAUCUGCGCGUUUCUGGACGAUAAGCUGCCACUAAGUGUGAUGCCAUCCAGGAAAGCCAUGCUUGACGGGAAGUCGAAGCUCAAGGAAGGCAAAGUGGGCGCGAAGGAAAAGACGGUGGAGGAGAUGAGAUACGAAGGAGUCCUCCAAGCGCGAUUUGGAAAGUGGCGGUAUCCGGCGGGCCAUGGACAGCAGUUCCCCGACUUUGUGUUUGAUGCGUUGCCGUAUAUCGACUUGAUGCUUGGUGAUCUGGGAUUGAAGGUUCACCGGAAGAGGAGUUGGUUGGCGGAGAUGACGGAGCCGUAUGGACUCGAGGACUACAAGGACAUAGUGAGCGAGUAUGCGGCAAACACCUCCGGCUCCGGCUCCGGCUCCGGUUCCGGUUCCGGCUCAAGCGGCAGUAGCUCCUCCGCCUGGAAGUCCAACGCCUCCGAGAUCCGUGACGUCAGCAAAUCGUUCAGCUCCACGGCUUCGAGCUCGACCGACAGCAAGGUCAAGAGCUACGCCGCAUCGGAGACCACCCGGUGGAAUACCAUGGCCGAGAAUGCCGAUUCCAUGGCGAAGAAGUAG